GCAGUUACCGGCAGUCCCCUCUCCCAACAUGGCGGACAGAGCGACCAUCAAUGUUGUUAUUUUGGGUUUAUCGUUUAUGUUUAUUUUCACCGCCUUCAACACUGCUGGAAUGAUUGAGGAAACCGUCAUUCAAAGUGUUCAGGAGGAAGGAAAGUUUGAUGGAGGCAGUGGUUAUAUCAGUUUGGCCAUCAUCUACACAGUAUUUGCCAUGGCUAACUGGGGAGCCCCGUCUGUGGUCAGUGUGUGCGGACCUCGGAACUCCAUGGUCAUCGGAGCGGUCAUGUACUGCCUCUUUAUAGCCGUGUUCAUCUACCCGAUGGUCUGGGCUCUGUACGUGGGGUCUGUGUUACUGGGACUGGGCGCAUCGAUUCUUUGGACCGGAGAAGGUUCAUAUCUAACGCUGAACUCGACACCAGAAACCAUCGGACGGAACAGCGGCCUCUUCUGGGCACUACAGACUAGCAGUUUUCUGUUUGGGAACGUUUUUGUCUGGCAGGAGUUUACAGGAAAAGAGAUCAUUGAUCCCAAAACCCGUAUCCAGGUGUAUGUGUCACUACUAGUGGUGUCCUGUGUGGGAACCCUCAUGUUGUUCACACUGAGGAACAAGAAACCAGGAGAUUCAGCGUCUCUGAAUGUCAACAGUGAAAACGACGUCGAGACUAAAGAGGGACCACUGCAAGCUUUCAAACGGUCUAUACAACUUUUCAAAACGAGAGAGAUGCUUCUUCUCGGGAUAUGCUUUGCAUACACGGGAUUGGAACUGAAUUUCUAUAGCGGAGUGUACGGUACAUGUAUUGGGAACACAAAGGCCUUUGGUGACGAGGCGAAGUCUCUCAUAGGAAUCUCAGGUGCUUUCCUCGGUGCAGGAGAAAUUAUAGGCGGAGCUGCGUUUGGUCUGAGCGGGAAGUUAGCUAACCGCCACGGGCGCGAUCCCAUCAUUCUGCUGGGGUUCCUGGUCCACACCACGGCGUACUAUCUCAUCUACAUCAACCUGCCGCAGUCUUCACCCAUCACAGAAAUCGUCACUGAUGCCAGCUACUAUCCUGUACUCAUACAGUCUAAUAAGUACGUGGCUGUCCUGUGCGGUUUCCUGCUGGGACUCGGUGACGCCUGUUACAACACUCAGGUGUACUCCAUCCUCGGCUCCCUGUUCUCUGAAGACAGCGCGGCGUCGGCAUUCGCUUUAUUCUUCUUUACUCAGUCCCUGACAGCAGCAGCAGGGUUUUUCUACAGCACGUACCUGAUUUUACAAUGGCAGCUGCUCAUAGUGGCGGUUUUCUGUGUAGCGGGAACACUGGCCUUCUUUGAGGUGGAGUGGAAGACCUCCCGUCCGUCCAAGGAAGGCUACACCCAAAUCAACUGA